AUGGCCUUCAUCGAGUACAAUACCAUCAUGACCGCCUUCGACACUCCCAGCGCUGUCACCGGCGAGGGCGGCCUGAAGGAGGACUACAUGCCGGGAGACCUCGGCUUCGACCCCCUCAACCUCAAGCCCGACGACGAGGCGGCUCUGGACGUGAUGAAGACCAAGGAGCUGAACAACGGCCGUUUGGCCAUGAUCGGCAUCGCCGGCAUGUUGGCGCAGGAGCUGGUCAACCCGGCGGACAUCCUCGGCUAGACUGUAUUACUUUUGUCGGUUGGGAUUGUCUGAGUGUAUGAAUCAAGUGUGUUGGUGUGCUAUUGUGAGUGUUUAAUGCAUCGGCCUGGUCCGAGAGGAUGGAAGGAAGUUGGGAGGUGCUACCUACCAUAUUGUUACGGCUUUUUCUCGCGAUCUUAGAUGCUGGUGCGAUACGGAUGUUCCUUCAUGCUUACGUUUUCGGCUGUAAUUUGGUGUUGUACCGAAGUUUUGCUGAGUGUCGACGGUUAGACUGGCCUUGCAUUCUGUUCUUCGAUUCAUACCACCGAUGGUAUGUCGGCGCAGGGAAGAAUCUGUGUCGUUGUUGUCACUAUGGUGAGAAAGUUUGCUUGAUGUUGUUUAGCCGAGGCUAUUCCCGCUCAGACCCAAGAACAAUUUUGUCUCAUGUUUUCCCUUUAGACGAGUUUCGCCAUUUGGCUGUUUCCGUUGUCGCAUGUCUUGACGGUCCUGAUGUUGUCUAAACUCGAAAGGUCGAACUUGAAAGCGACAAAUGAGUAGUUUUACAUAGAGUGUUGCGCCCCGGAAUGUCGUGUUUGCGAGUCUGA